AUGCAACCAUACAUAACCGCGCGAAUUUGUCAGUUGGAUAAUCCGGAUGAACAAGCAGCGGCUAUUCGACGUGAAGUUGCAACCAGGGAGGAAGCACUACGCGAUAUGUCAAGGAUGAAAAAAUUAAUGCCGAAAUUUGUUGUGAAGGAUAUGGAAACACUCUUUAUUGACGAAACUCGGCAAUCGAUUAAUCUGCUCAUAAGCAACCUAGAAUCAGUGCCGGUAACGCCACGUGGUCAGAGUGUUGGUUCAAGAAAGAAAGAUUCCAAAGGCAGAAGCAGGUUCGUUUUUUGA